AUGGUAAAAGGCUUCUCGUCUCAGGUAUGUGAUUACGAUGGUAAAAUAUUGUUUGUGAAUGCUGCCCAUGGUGGACGCACUCAUGACGCUAGGGUUUGGAAUACGUCCGCACUAUCUGUCCAUUUGAAAGAACGUUUCUUAAAUGGCGAAACUAGUGCAUGGUUGUUAGGUGAUUCAGCAUAUCCUAUAUUGCCGUACUUGAUGACACCGAAGUUAAAUCAAGAACCUGGAACACCAUCUGCACGAUACACACAAGCACACGUGUCGGCUCGAAGUAGAAUUGAAAGAUGCAUAGGAGAAUUAAAAGGACGGUGGCGGUCUGCGAAAAGAACGAGCACUACACUACCAACCAGAGUUUGCGGCUUUAAUAGUGAAUGCAGCUUGUAUAUUGCAUAACUACGCAAAACAUUUUAAUGUACCAAAUCCUGACAUUUAUCUCGAUGAAAUUGACCUGGAAAGAAAUGAACCAUACGAGUACAACCAAAAUAUACAACGUGUCAACGGAAAUAUAGUUCGC